AUGGUUUUGUUCACCAGUAACAUUCCUCGGGGUAAAUUUAUUGAAGUAAACAAUUCCUGCGAUUUUUUCGAUUCAUCAAAGUCAGUCUUCUUUAUAACUCAUGGUUUUCUUGCACAUUCGUACUGGCCUAAUUUUGAUAAUCUUACUUCUUUACUGUUAAAGAAAGACUAUACGAUAUUUGCGCUAGAUUGGUCUAAUGCAGCAUGCUAUAAUGACCCUAUUAUCAUAAAUCUACUAGCGUAUCCUUUUGCAGUACGUAACACUCGCGAAGUUGGCGACUGCUUGGCAAGCUACGUCAAAUCGGUGAUAAACAUGUGCAAUGUUCCAUUGAAGAAGAUCACGCUCAUAGGCCACAGUCUUGGCGCGCAUAUAAGUGGUUUCGCUGCGAAAAACCUUCAGAAAUCAAAUUAUGGUAAGAUUCCGCUACUCAUCGGAACUGAUCCCGCUGGUCCCUCAUUCUUAUUUAACGAUUGCAAAGACAGAUUUUGCAAAACAGACGCUAAUCAUGUGGUAGCUCUUCACUCAUCAUUUCUCGGGAUACAAAAAUCUAUAGCUCAUCUCGAUUUAUGGUUUAAUAAUGGCAUUUCGCAACCAGCAUGUCCAUUUUUUCAGCUUAACUGCUCGCAUAAUAUAGCUGUUGAAUAUCUGGCUCAUACACUGUUAGAUAAUUGUGUAUAUGUCGGUGUUCCCAUAUCUGUCAUGCCUGGUUGUUCUUCCGAUAUUACUAAAUAUAUUGUGGUGGAUAGCAACAUAUUCGACAAUAACUAUUCUACAACAGGAGACUACUGUGUAUCCGUUACAUCGAAAUAUCCCUACUGUAAGGAAAAGUACAAGCUGUAA